UGGAAGCGCGCGCACACGCACCGAGCGAAUGGAAAGAAUGCUUGCGCUCCACUCACCUCCUCCCCUUCCCCCCACCCGCCUAUCACGGUUUGCCCUCGCAGAUUUAGUCGCCUCAAUUCAGCGAACAAUCAAUUUUUGUCUUUUUUCCCCCCCAACACGCUCCACGAGGGCAUCUGCGGUCCUCUCUUUUCCGGUGACGUCCGCAUGAAGCCAAAAAAUAUAAAAGCCGCCCCCCGGAAAGUGCAUGUCUUCCGUCGGGGUUCGCACUGCGGCUGCCGGUGAAGUCAUGUGGCGGCUCCUGCCCCACGUGCUCCUCGGUGUCCUUUUCCAAGCGGUGCGCGCUGACAGCGACUGGCCUUCGCGCCUGUGGCACGUGCUUCGAACCCCGGACACCGGAUUGAGCGCCGAGUGUCGUAACCAGACGCAGUUCUACCUGCAGCACUUGCGCCAGGGAUCCCCAUGGGCUCUGAAGAUGUACGAUGCCACCGGGAAGCCGCAGAGCGGCAUUCUGACUGGUGGAAUGGCUUUCCUUGGCUAUUUUUCCGAGUGCCUCAACGCCAUAUUGGACAGCGAAGGCGAAAACGUUUCCUCCUCUGGCAUCGGGUUUAGCAGCGGCUAUUGCCUUUCUACCGUGAACUUAACACGAGCCCAGAAGAGGCCGCCCUUAAACAUUUCGGACUACACGUGGAAGAAGAUGAUGUCAGACCCAGGAGAAGUGAUGGUUGGGCUCUGCCUACCUACUUCAUGCAGUUCAGAGGAUGUCACGCGCAUGUUCGAUUUGGUUCUCGAAGAUGUCGUUAGGGGUGCCAACGUGUCUACGACAACGUGCUACCCGAAUAAGGAACCGUUUUCCGGCAACGUUGGCGGCAUUGCCGUUUCAGCUACUCUCCUUUUCAUCGUCCUACUGGUAACUCUGGGAACGCUCUACGACAUUUUUGGCUCCUGUCGGCCGUGGAAGAAGAACCCUACGUCAUCUACAAGCGUCGACACCACGAUGGCAUCCAACGAAGGGCUCGUGGAUAACCAAGGCCAGCAAGGAAGCACUGUCGGCCGAGUGUUGCUGUCGUUCUCGAUGGUAUCGAACGGAAGCAAGAUUCUUAGAACUGGUGGAACCGCGGAGUCAAUUUCGGUGCUUCAUGGCCUUCGAUUCUACAGCAUGGCUUACAUCAUCUUGGCUCAUUCGUACUCCUUCGCUGCGCAGUGGAUAACUUACCGCAAUCCAGACGACAUGAAGGUUAUACCAGCCAACUUCGUUGAACAAGGCCUAGCUAAUGGGACCUUUUCCGUGGACACCUUUUUCUUUAUAGCGGGACUUCUCAUAGUAUACGUUACGCUUAAACGCCUUGAUGCAACAGGCGGUAAGAUGAACUGGGCAGUCUUUUACCUUCACCGGUACAUAAGAAUGACGCCAUUGAUGAUGGCUGUGAUAGGCAUCUGUGCUACAGUGUUGCCUUACAUGGGUGAUGGCCCACGGUGGAGGGAAAGCAUUGCCACUUACGAUGUCAACUGCAGAAAGAAUUGGUGGAUUAAUGCCAUUUACUUGCAGAAUUUCGUUCACAGGCCUGAUAUGUGUUUGAAUCACACGUGGUAUUCAGCCGUGGACUUUCAGCUCUAUAUCAUUUCCCCAGUGUUACUCUACGCACUCUACAAGAGUCGUCGAUACGGCAUUGGUUUAAUAGGGGCCGUUUUGUUUGCCUCCAUAACUGCGACUGGUGUCAUAAUUGGCCUGAAGAAAUAUCCUCCUAUGCCAUACAUCAGUAACAUUCUGCCAGUGGAAGAGAUGAACGAAUACUUCGCCGACGUCUACAUUAAGCCUUACUGCCGUAUUGGCCCGUUCCUUAUCGGGAUGCUAACAGGGUACGCAAUUCAUGUCACCAAAGGUUCCAUAAUAUUACGAAAAGGUUGUGUCGCCUGCGGUUGGAUUGCCUGCACAUGUCUUAUGUUAUUCGUCCUGUAUGCCAUGUGGCCUGCAAACACAGGCCAUGCGUUGCCUCCCCCUCUGUGGGCGGCCAUCUACGGAGCUCUGGCUCGCACUGUUUGGUCCAUAGGACUGUCAUGGAUUGUAUUAGCCUGCUUAGCAGGCUAUGGAGGCUUUGUGAAUACUAUUUUGUCUUGGAAAGCUAUAGUGCCAUUCAGUAAGCUGACUUAUGGAGCUUACAUAGUUCACCCGGUGCUGAUAGCAAUGUUCUACGGGUCGCGGGAAGGUGUAUUCGAAUACUCCACGUAUUUGGUGACCUACUUUGCCCUUGGCAACGUCAUCAUCACGUAUGCUGCUUCGUUCCUGAUAUGCCUCAUCUUCGAAGCUCCCGUCAUAGGGCUGGAGAGGAUUAUUUUCUCAUACAAAUGACAAUGAGCAUAUACUUAGCCGCAUUGUACAUUUUUCAUUACACAAUUAGUUUCAACAACAGGGUUCUCAACCGCCACAGCAUUUGUUCGCACGUGUUUUACGCGUGUAACUUAAUGUGCGGCACGAUUUAACGUUUUAAUACGUUUUCGGAUUGGCUCAAAAUAUCGUAAACCGUACAGCGUUCCGUUUAACCGUUUACGAUACCAUAUACCGUUUAACCGUAGUCGUUGAUAUGGAUCGCUUGUGUAUCACCGGACCAUAUUUAUUGUGUGCACUACCUCUACAGGAGACAUUCAGUAUUAUCAGUAUUCAGUAUUUUAGGUCUUAGGAGAGACAAUGACCCGAGUCAGAAUGGACUGGUGCGUGAUAUAUCCAGCUCUAGUGAUAACCUCGCCCUCAAGUUUGUAGCUGCCCACUUCGCGACGUAAAAUGUGUACUCCAGCCUAGAACGACGUUGUCUAGAGAACAUGGUCGAUCGAGGUAUGCUUCAGUUGUUGUUAUUUAGGCAGGUGACUGAUGAGUCUCUUCCAAAAAGAUGCGAGUGAAGACCAAACAUUCCACAUUUUAGCCAGAUAUUUAUGUAAUUUUAUUGUUAAGAUGCGUUUCUUUUCGUGUUUGAAUAAAUGUUCGAAUUUUUCA